AUGACAGUUGAAUCAAAGCCGACCAUUCUGCUUGUCCCGGGUGCUUGGCAGCCCUCGGACGCCUUCGAUCCUCUCCGUCGCCAGCUCAGGCAGAAGGGCUAUGAAUCCGUCGCCGUCGACCAUCCCUCAGUGGGCAGCGAGCCGGCAGACCAGACUCUGGACACCGAUGUCAUCUCACUGAGGGCUGCCUUGGCCCAUCUCAUCGACCAGCAAGCCAAGCAUGUGGUCCUCGUCCUCCACUCUUAUGGCGGAGUUGUCGGCUCCUGCGCUAGCGAGGGCUUCGGCGCCAUACAGCGCGCCAAAGAGGGGAAACAGGGCGGCAUUCUGGAGAUCAUCUAUCUGUCCGCGUUCGCCCUUCCAAAGGGGACGAGCUUGGUCGACAUGCUUGGCGGCGACCCUUUGCCAUGGAUGAGAUUUGAGGGCCCCAAGGUCUUCGUCGACCUACCAGCCUCCACUGGUUUCCCUGAUCUUUCGCCAGCCGAGCAGGAGAAGUGGAACUCCCGCCUCACCCACACUGCCGCUGCCGUCUUUUCCGGCCCCUCGACCUAUGAGCCGUGGCAUGACAUCCCUUGCAUGUAUUUCAUCUGCGAUGGCGACACGGUUCUGCUCCCACCCAUCCAAGAGGCAAUGGCUCGGAACUUGAACGCUACUGUCCGAAGGACUACUGGCGCCCAUUCUCCCUUCCUCUCCGUCACUGAUCAGGUCGUGGAAGGAAUCGAAGCUGGCGUAAAAGAGGGGCAGCUAAAGAGCAAGCUUUGA